AUUAUAACGGAAAACGGGAUAAAAUUACAAGAGUGCAAUAAAAAAAAAUUAAAAAAAUAAAUUCGGUUCAUCAAUUUGCAUUCGGAUGUCGAUAUGUAAAUUAGAUUUGCAUGUCGUAUUCCCGACUGACCGAACGACAUGUUUCCCACCCCCACUCCGGUCGACCCAAUUGUAAUGCAACGGCGUGCUCCGGCUGACGCACUCGGGCACGGGCAUUGCGACGCCGGCCUCCGCGCCUCGCGUCCACCCGCGCCAUGGUCUGUGACGACGGCCUCCAUGCCUCAUCGCCUUCUCCCCGCAAAUCGCUCCGAAGGCUCGCCUCUACGCGGGGAUUCAAACCGCGCUCCGAUUUCACCUGGAUACGCGUAUUCGACGGCCUUGAACCCUACGCUGUCGAUGCUGCCAGCAAACUCGUCAAGGUAUCCCCGAACACAACAGUUGAAGAUGUAAACAAGAAACUCGGGUUCAAUGAGGAGUUAACCCUUUGGAUACAAAUCGGUGGAGACAAUUCGCGGCGCCUGGAGUUGAAUGAGUUUCCGUUAAGAAUACAGGAUCAGAUUCUUGCUAAAAACGGAUGGACAUCAGAAGCUAGACGGCUGCGGCUGGCCGUAGAUCCGGAACUACGACAUACUCUUCGUUGGUGCGCCGGCCCCGCCAGCCGGUCCGGUGGCGUGUUACGUUCGGGGACUGUUUACGUUCUUAAAGGUCACGUGUUUCCACAAUGGAAGCCACGAGUUGCUCACAUUCUGGGAUCGCAACUUCAUACAUAUGGUAUAGCUUGGGAGAUGUUAGAGUUAAGUGGUGGCAGCAUUGAGAUCUGCCAGCCAAAAGCCCAAAAGCUAGUGCUCUGCGUUAAACCGAGAUACCAAGGGAAUAGCUUAUUGGAUGCCGGACUAAACCACCUAUUUCUUGGUUUCAACACCGUGUGGGAACGAAAUAUGUGGAUCUACUGGUUAACAGAGGGCACACAAAGCACUCAGCCUCCGAACGUGUUGGACCUGAGUGGAGGCGGUCGUUCCUGUCUCCCCGUAGCGCUGACGCAGCAUGCCUCCGACGGGUUCGCCGUGCGGGUCCUCCGAAUGCGAGGCAACUCCCUCCCCGCCGUGCCCCCGCAGACGUGCACUCUUCAGGCCCUCACACAUCUGGAUAUUAGCGAGAACAGGAUCACUGAGCUGCCCAAAGAAAUAUGUCAACUCAUACAAUUAGAAGAGAUCAAUGUCAGUGACAACGAGAUACACUCCCUUGACCACGUUCUACGACUUCCCCGACUGAGGAAUCUUGUGGCCGCUCGGAAUAUGAUUAAACAUUUUGGUAUAAACAACCCAAAUCAAAUGGGCCCAGGCGAAGAGAAUAGAAGCGAAUACCGCGCACCGCUUACGAACGUCGACCUCCGUCACAACAGAUUGAAAGGAAGCAUUAUCCUUGGCAAUUAUGAGCACUUAGUUUCUCUGGAUGUAUCAUUCAACGCAGUAGAAGUGCUGGUUCUGUCUGCUUUGCGUGGUCUUCGUGAGUUGUACGCAGCGCACAAUGCCAUCCAACACUUGGCAUUACAUGGAGCAUCGUUACGAAUAUUACACGCACCAUAUAACCAAAUGGACAGCUUGACUACAAUGGUGCCGCCUAUCAACUUAGUGGAGAUCGAUGUAUCGCACAAUAAAUUAUCUUCGUUACCACAAUGGCUGAGCGGAUGUUCUGACUUGACUAAACUCUUCGCCAGUAACAAUCAACUAACGUCCCUACCUGAUCACUUAUUCUGCAGCGAACUCUCAAGUCUAAGUCAUUUACAUUUAGCACAUAAUAAAAUCACAAAUUUUCCUUCGAUGCCACGAUUAAGAUCGCCACUAAAAGAAUUGCUUCUCCACGACAACUGCAUCCAGUCACUACCAGAAAAUUUCUUCUCAAUUUGUGACAGAUUGAAUAUUUUAAAUCUUUCUAACAACAGGCUGAGCCGUUUACCUCGUGUUAGAGGAGCUUCGCCACAUUGUUUAGAACGACUUUAUCUAACAGCAAAUUGUCUAACAGACGAAGUUAUAGAUGUAAUAAUAACGUUUCGAGGUCUAAAAAUACUCCACAUGUCUUACAAUUGUUUGACAAGUUUGCCAGAAAAUUGUUUUAACUUUUGGCCAGAGAUCGAAGAGCUAAUAAUUUCAGGCAAUUCCUUAACUAAGCUACCAGAUAACUUGCCCCAGUUAAAUAAUAUAAAAGUUGUGCGUGCGCAUUCUAAUAGAUUACGGAGUGUGCCGAUGUUUGCAUGUAGUGCCUCAGUUAAAAUAUUAGACUUCGCGCAUAACGAAUUAGAUAGUAUCGACCUGCGUUUAUUAGCUCCCAAACAAUUGAAAUUUCUUGAUAUAUCAUGUAAUAAAAAAUUGCAAAUGGAUCCAUCGCAAUUUAAUGUAUACAAAUGUCAACGACCUUUAAGUCUUAUUGAUGUUACGGGACAAAAUGCGAGUGCAUGGUCUCAAAAAAGCAAUUAUCAUGAAGAAUUGAAUGGUGCUACUCCUUGGGUCUCCGGAUUCUCCGAAAGUCCGAGUAAGACUUUGCACUUAACAUGUGCCCAAAUUCGUCUUCCAUCAUUUUGUAAUAAAGAAGGUCUAUUUGCAAUAAUAGACGGCGAAACGGAUGUUGAGGUACCUAAAAUUUUACAAUCAAGUUUACCAGGAUUACUUCUUGAAGAGAAGUCUAUUAAGGAAACUGUGAAUGAGUACAUGAAAUAUGUAGUCCUGUCUGCACACAGAGAGUUGAAGCAAAGAGGUCAAAGAAAAGGUGCUUGCCUAAUAAUGUGUCACUUAUCUCCUAUCAUUGCACCAGAAAAUGGUUUCGGUCAAACGACUCGCAAAUAUAACUUGAGAUUAGCCAAUGUUGGCAACACAAAAGCUGUAUUGAGUCGUCGCACUGGACAUUUAUGCUUAGGUGCAGAAAACAAUAAACGUUUAGGCUACUCUUCUCGAUAUCCAAAUACUGUACCAGAUCCAGAUAUUAUUCAAACGGUGAUCAAAGAAGAUGAUGAAUUUUUAAUAUUAGGAAACGGAAAGUUUUGGGCUGCUGUUACAGUGGAUGCUGCUGUGACAGAAGUAAGAUCUGAAAGAAAUCCAGUAUUAGCAGCAAAGCGAUUACAAGACUUAGCUCAAAGUUACGGAACUGAAGACUGUAUAUCUGUUGUAAUUAUAAGAUUUGAUGCAGUACGUCCGGACGUUGACUUAUUAAUGCGUGAACUUCGUAACACAAUUAACACCAACAAAACUGUAUGCAGGCCUGAUUGUUGUUGUUCUCGUUUGGAACCGUGUUGUCAUUCUAUUACACCGCCUAAAUCGACCAGUGAUAGAUCUUCACCAAGUGGACAAAGUGAUAGACCUCCAAGCGAAAUAGUAAAUCAUCAACAUUACGCAAGUGUAAGGUCACACAUUCGAGCCUCUGAGAGAAGACCGCGUGGUGCUGUGGCUAGAGCAAUUCGAGUACGAGUUGAAGAAGAAAAAGACGAUGAGCGAAGAAAUGAGGAAGUCCCAUCUUCCGACGAACAGUUUAAAUGUUGGGAAUACAUGCUAGAACAGAACACGCAAAUGAUAUUUGAUAAAGAACUCGAUAAUCUUUCAAAAGGUAUUAAGUCUAAUGGUAGCUUAAAAAAUUUUAAAGGUUUAUCAGGAAGUAGUCCUCAGCUUCAUUUAACAGGUCAGCCAGACAAUCCGAGACAAAAUAGGACCAAAAUUCCAUUUCUGUCAAAACAUUUUGGGAGUGCUAGAAAUUUCGGUAAUAAUUUGAAACCUGAAUUUCGAUUUGGCUCUGGUAGAAUGCCAAAUGGUGGACCUAACGCUGCCUAUUUUGGUUCGCUCCAGAGAUUGAUGCCUUAUCAUUUAGAAUACGAUUUUGCUGUUAUUCAAGAAAAAACAGCGCCGUCCCAAGACUCACUGGAUCUCGAAGGCCGAAUGCAACAGUACUGGGGAGUAGCUACAACAGAAUUGUAAAAAUUGUAAAUAUAAAAUUACAUAAUACUACAUAAUGUGCAUCUUGUAAAUAAAACUACAAACAGAUUACUGCA